AUGUCUCCUCCAGAUAUAGAAGAUUUUGAUUUCAUAAAGCCUAUCAGUAGAGGAGCAUUUGGACAGACAUUGUAUUUCAUGCACUGUUUCAGGAAAGUUUUCUUAGGAUGUAAAAAGAUUAAUAGAAAUAAAAUUUAUGCCAUUAAAGUGAUGAAAAAGGCUGACAUGGUACAGAAAAAUCUGGGGGAUCAAGUUUUGGCAGAAAGAGAUGCAAUGGCCCAGGCCACCAGUCCAUUUAUUGUACACUUGUUUUACUCAUUACAGUCAAAACAGAAUAUCUAUUUGGUGAUGGAAUACUUGAUAGGUGGGGAUGUAAAAAGUUUACUGGCAAUCUAUGGAUUUUUUGACGAGGAAAUGGCCAUGUUGUUUGCUGCUGAAGUAACAUUAGCAUUAGAAUAUCUUAAUUCUAGAGGCAUUGUACAUAGAGAUUUAAAACCAGACAAUAUGUUGAUAGACAGGAAAGGUCACAUAAAGCUGACAGAUUUUGGAUUGUCAAAAGUUAAUCUUGAUGUUGAUAAAAUAGGAAUUGAUGUAACCAAGACCCCACUACCUACAAACUAUAAGAGUAGACGGGACUACUACAGGACUCCAGGUCAAAUACUGUCUUUAAAGAGUAAUCUUGGAUUUAAUUCUCAACAGACACCAGUUAGAUCUAGUGUCAGUAGUUUAGAUACACCUGCGUCUUUCAACAACAGAAGAAAUCAUCUUAAUGAUAUCAGACAUUCUCCAUUGAUUUCCAAGAAACGUUUGAGUAUACGAGAUAGAUUAGUGAGCUCAGCUCGUAGAUCAUCCUUAGCAAGACUAACUCCACCUGUAAAGAGUCUGACGCCAACACUACAAGAAUCGUUGAAUUGGUCAACCCAUGCAAGCAGUGAUAUAUCUUUCAGUAGAAAGGAAUCUUCGAGACUUUCAAGUAUAAUUAGUGAAGGAAAAUCAAAAGGAUCGUUUCGAGACUUGAAACGUCAGCCAUUAUCAUUAUCCCACAUUCUAAACAAUUCUUCUAUAGCAGAAACAAGCGAUGAUAGUGUAUUCAAUUCCAGUGUCAGUAUAAAUAUAUCUUGUGUAAGUGAUAGCAGUAUUGAGGAAGUUUUUCAUACUUGUAUGAAGGAAAAUACAGAAAAUUGUGCUUGUCAAAGCCAUCUUAAAAUACCAUCAAGGCAACAGAGUGAGUUAGACGAUACACCACAAAUGCAUAGGACAGAUGAAGCUGUAUGGAACUCGUAUGCUGCCAGAAAUCUGAGAUCGAUGAGGUAUGGUUCCUACUCGGAAGACAGUGAUGAUAGUGAAGGAAAUGGUCAUAAAAACUCAGCAAGUACUGAUGUUAGGAAUGAUUCUGUGCCAGAAAUAUCGUUGAAACAAGAAUUGGAUGACGCAAAUCAGUCUAAUAAUGCUGAAAGUAGUUUUUAUAGCUACCAUUCUGAUGAUGAAAAUGGAGACAUAGAGCAUAUUCAAAUUCAGGAAAAGAAGACAUUAAGCAGAAAACGAUCUUUCGUUUGCUUGGACAAAAGUCCAUGUUUGAAACAUUCGUCUUCAAAUUCUGGAUUGACACAAGAAAUUAAUAUAUUAUCUCUAUAUGGUGAUGAACAUCGCUUUAAAAGAUCUAAUUCUGGGAAUUCAGAGAUACUUGCCAUAGCAGAAAUGAGACAGUGUGAAAGUGAUAGUCAGAAUUAUCGGGACUUUGCUGGUUUUACUGGAGAGCAUUUGCAUUCAAGUUUUCAUCAAAAAGCCGACAGCUGUGAUAAUAGAAAUGGCAAAACUAAUAAUGAUAGUAGUCAAUUUACAGUUUUAGAACACAUGCAUGUAGAUAGCCUUGAGACUAUUGAUGUGCAAGUAAAUAAAUCACCACAUGCAAUAUUUAAUAUCUCUGUAAGCUCUGAUGAUGAUGAUGAAUUAAUUGUUAAUGAUUCAAAGACCCAAGAGAAGACAGAAAUUGUAAAAAAGACAACACCAGUAAAAAUGACAAGAUUCUGUAGUACAAACAAAUUUUUAUCAGACAACAGAUCAUUUAGCUCUUUCAAAUUCAGCUCUGGUAUGUCUGGAGUUCCAUGUACCCCUGAAUCUACUGGAAAACAAAAGACACAUCAACCUCCAUUGUUUAAGACACCUGGUAAUUGUAUGAGUACGCCAGGAUUGCUGAAGACACCAGGUCAGGUCUGGACACCUGCAGCAGGUCUGCUGAAGACACCAUACAGGACACCAAAGAGUGUCAGACGUGGACGACCUCCUUGUACAGAAAGAAUACUUGGUACUCCAGACUACUUGGCUCCAGAAAUAUUAAAACAGGAACCACAUGGUAAACCUGUUGACUGGUGGGCUCUAGGGGUUUGUUUGUUUGAGUUUUUAACUGGUGUUCCUCCAUUUAAUGAUGAGACACCUGAACUAGUUUUUCGUAAUAUAUUAAGUAAAGAUGUUCCUUGGCCAGAUGAAGAUGAGGCUAUGUCUAAACAUGCCCAGCAGGCUAUUGAUAAUUUAUUAACAAUGGACCCAAGGAAAAGACCUACUGCUCAAGAGGUGAAAAAGAUGGAAUAUUUCAGCGACUUAGAUUGGAAUAACUUGCUAGACAUAGAACCAGCAUUUGUACCCCAACCUGAUGAUGAAACUGAUACUACUUAUUUUGAAGCAAGAAAUACCAUGCAGCAUCUAGUUGUUUCUGGUGUGGAUUUCUAAAUGUUUUGAAUCUCAACAUGGUAGAAAACUUACAAAGGAAUCUGUAGAUACCAGAUUUUUUACAAAAUGACAUUUCAUUAUAUCUUUCAUUUAGCUAAGCAUAUGUGAUAUACAGAUUUUGCCAAUUAUU